AUGGUGAUCAACUACAGCAAAUGGGACUCUUUGGAGCUAUCUGAUGACUCGGACAUUGAGGUUCAUCCCAACGUUGACAAGAAGUCCUUCAUCCGAGCAAAACAAGCCCAAAUCCAUCAACAACGAGACCAGCGACGCCACGAGAUCAAAACAUUGAAAUAUGAGCGCAUUAUCAAUGAUGGACUUAUCUCACGUAUUGACAAACUGCUCGAAUCCCUCAAGGAGCAUGAAGACUCGUCCUCAACUCCUGACGAAUUUAUUUUCCAGACGAUCAUGGAAUUUGCCAGCAACCCCGCGGACGAUCAAGCCCCACCACCCCCGGAAGGAGUCUACACACACGAGAAAGAGCAACCCAAAUACUCCCACAUGAUGAGCUCUCUAGUGGACCAAGUGAAGAAGGAGUUUGAAGCUUCCAAGCCAGACAACCUCUUCAAGGCAUACAUCGACGGUGUGCAAGUCCAUAAGAAUAAGGUUGAAGAUCUUCAGAAGGAAUUGUUGGAGAAACUUGCUAAACUCGAAAAAGAGGAGGGAAGUAAGAUCACUAGCGACACACUGCAUGAAGGUUUCAACACUUCACAUAUCGCCAAAGCCGAGGAAGAAAAGCCCGCUUCGUCCAAGGAAACUCAAGUUGAGCUAUUGAAUCCCGGUGCGGGAAGUCAAGCCUCUGCGACUGCCGAGGACAGCGACGCCGACGAUGAUGAUGACCCGGCGAAUAUUGAGUGCAGUGCUUUGGCCAGAAAGUUUGCCCACCUUAAGCCUGGUGAUUACACCGCUUACUUGCAGUUUAUUGCAGCCAAUAAGUCAAUUCUCGCAGAGAAAGAGACCGACGGCCUGCUUGUCGAGGCCUUUAACAGCCAGAUGAAGGGCGAUGAGGCUUAUGCUCACCAAUGCGUUCACCAAGGCUUGCUCUUGCAAUACUGCCGCUCUUUGGGUCCUGAUGGCCUCCAGUUGUUCUUCAGCCGCAUUACCAACAAGGAUCACAGGGCUUCAGGCUUAUUUAGUAAAGAUGUUUACGAUACCUAUCACCGCAUCAAGAGCCGCGCAGCCGAGCUCAGUAAAGAGGGCUCUGCGUCAAAUGACCCAGCUGGCGUCGAGCAGAUUCAACUCCACGCCGUGGAUCCCAACACCAAGAUCACUAUUAACAUCCCUGCUCCAAACAGCGAGAACCCCGUUGAGAUCGAGGCACGCAAAAUCUUUGAGGCUUUUCCUGAAGAUCUCCAGAAGGCUCUGGCGUCUGAAUCUCUGGACGAGGUGAACGUGGUUCUGGGAAAACUGUCUGUCGAGGAUGCAGAGUCUGUUGUCGAGCAGCUUGGCAACGGCGGAAUGCUCAGCUUGGAGGAGGGAGUGAUUGAUGGUACCACCGAAGAGGGCAAGAAGAGGCUUGCGGAGAUCGAAGCCGAAGCGAGACUGGAGAGUGUGGAGGAAAUCGGAGAGCCUGCCGGCGAUGUUACUGAAUUGGACUGA